AUGAACUCGACCCCAGAUGAGGGCGAGAGCUUCCUGCGCAACCAGGACGAAACCCUUAGCGAGAGCCCGCAUGGCAGGAACUCUGCUAUUCCCGACGACGGAGAUGUGCCCGAGAUCACGCCUGAACUACAGACACAAGAGGUGGUAGGCGUUGAAGCCUCCGGUGCCGAAGUUGACGUUGAACGCGAUACAACUGAAGACGAAGAGGAACUGCCAGAUCCAAAUGGAGUCGACGAUGGAAGUCCAGUCAACGGGACGACAAACGUCCUGAGCAAUGACGACUCGUUGUCAACACCCGAUGACACGCCAUCCAGACAAGACUGGAUACUGUCAUCUUCGUUGAGCGAUGCUGGCUCCAUCCGCAGUCCCGCCCGAAGAGGCAGCCCAGCAGUUCCGCACCGUCCCUUUGACAUCCGGUUCCAAUCCCGCCUGUCGAGUUCCCAGCUCUUGCCUCUCCGAUCUGCUUCGCCUGCUUUCCUCGGCACCCAUUCGCGCCACUCUUCCGUCGCCAGUUUUGCGUUCCAGCCACCCUCCGAACCUGACGAGGGCGUAAAUCCAUGGGAUGUCAUUAGGUGGAACAAGUUCAAGAAGGUCUCUGGGCAGGCGUUCUCUGAGAUCGGGAGAAGGAAUUUCGGAAGCCCAACGUGUCUGGCUGUGGCAGAUCAGCUGGUUUUGGGGACGUCCAAAGGCCUGGUUCUCGUCUUCGACCAUCAUCAAAAUCAUAAAGCUAUUAUCGGGAGUGGCACAAAAGCUGCCGAGAGCGGACCUGUCACAGCUCUCGCAAUAUCUGCCGACCAUAGCACGAUUGCCGCUGCGCAUGCGACUGGGCACAUCUUCACGUGGGAAGUGGCCAGACCUUCUCGGCCGUUCCUCCAUAUCCAGCCAAUGGACAUUUCCCAACCUCAAGCCAGACGCGGUGACGGCCAUAUUGUAGGAAGUACUGUGCUCCACAUCGGGUUCCUCGGCUAUAGGCAUACCGCCCUUGUCUCUGCCGAUGACAAGGGCAUGGCCUUCUCUCAUCUUGCAACUCGAGGCAUGGGCGCGGUUAGCCGCGUUGUUCGCACUACUCGAAUCCUAGGGCGCUACCCGGAAAUGGUCUCGCGGAAUUCCCAGCCUCAGAAGAAGAGCUCAGUCUUGGCCUUUUCGCCUCUACCGCUUGGCAACAUAGAGCAAGGCACAGACAGCCUGGGGUUAGUGGCCAUGCUGACCCCUUACUUGCUCGUCAUUGUCUCGACCACACCCGUGGCUCAGACCCAACAUAAAGCCGCUCGUCCCAAAGAGGUAGCGGCUCACAGCGCCAUGACUGCUGCAUUGGCAUGGUUCCCAGCCAUAAAGUUGAAGUCGGGACAGGCCGAGAUCUCAAGGUCGAAGCUUGUCUAUGCCUGGUCGAACAUCCUUACCGUCUUGGAAGUGCACGAGAUGCAGGGCGAGGACGAGGCUGGAAAGGACAAACCGCCUGAGCUACAAUUUCUGGCCAGGAGCCGGUAUCAGGCAGAGGAAGCCAUCGUUGCCGUACAGUGGUUGAACAAAUCGGUCUUAGCGCUCCUUACCAUCACCCAACAACUACUGAUAAUCGAAGAUUUGACCAUGCAUGUUACAGAAGCUUUCGACCUUCUGAAAAAGAACGUCUAUCACGCAGACCUCUAUUCUCAACAACUUAUAGCCAUCAUCGAACAACUCGAUGAAGAGGACACCUCGAUGCACGGGGUUGUUGCAGACGCAUUUCAUAUGAGUUUCCGAGCUUAUAAGGGGCGGUUGUUCCUGCUUGGCGUCAAUGAUAUCUGGACAGGAGUCCUGACAAAUUGGGCCGACCGACUUUUGGCCAUGAUCAAUAUAGGUGACUUUAUCGGUGCCAUCCAACUUGCCGCAAAAUACUACCAGGGCGAAGGAGAAAAGGCGACGAUUGGACUCCCCGAAGAUGACGAGACGCGCGCGAGUCUAGUCAGAGAAAAGCUGAUUGAGAUGAUGACCGCGUCUUUGAAGUAUGCCUUCGGGAAGAACCAACAGGCCGGCAAUGAUCAGAUUGAGAAGCCUCAGAUGGUCGAGCUUGCUGAUGCUUGUAUUCAAGCAUGUCUCAUCAUGGAGGAUCAAGACUUCCUUUUCGAGGAAGUCUUUUCGUGGUAUGAGGAGCAUGAGCAGGGACCUUUGUUCGUUGAUGUCCUGGAGCCGUAUAUCCUGGACCAAAGGGUAAUAUCAGUGCCCCCACCCGCUCUGAAGACUCUGAUCAACCAUUUUGCUCAGACGCAUACACCGUCAGUCUUGGAGGAGAUCAUUUGCAUGCUCGAUACUUCGACCAUGGACAUUGAUCAAGUGACGACUCUUUGCAAACGAUACGGCCUCUAUGAUGCCUAUAUCUUUGUCUGGACGAAGUCUCUCCACGACUAUACUACGCCCUUGAUAAUUCUCCUCGAUUUUGCCAACGGCGAAGAAGGGUUACGCCAACAAACAGUCGAUGUUAUGGAUAGAUAUGCUCUAGCCCAGAAAAUUUUCCCGUACGUCUCCUUCAUCCUGACGGAUCGAGUAUAUCCUACUGGGAAUGCGAUGGACGAUGAGGAGGCUACAAAUGCAAAAUGCCAAGUUUACGACUUCUUCUUUUCUGGAGGCACGAGCGUGAAUGGUAUUUCCACAAGGAGAAGCGAACCUAGCCCGAAGGCUGCAACCUCUUUCGAGAAUCUCGCUCGCGUCCUCCGCUUCGACACCGCUAGCUUCAUCGCGGCCAUGAACGAGGCUUUCGAAGAUAGCUAUCUGAAUUCGGCAGAUGACGACUCGCUGAACAACCUCAAUAUCAGCCAAGCUUCGGCAUCGCGGACCUACACUCGCCAAUAUGUGGUGCGGAUUCUGCUAGAAGUCAUGUCGGCCGAUUUCGACUCCGACGACUCCAUCUACCUGGAUAUGUUCAUCGCUCGCAAUCUCGCCAAGUAUCCGCAGUAUCUGGUUCUGUCAGGGACCAUAUUGCAAGAAAUCUUCGGCCGACUCUGCCACUACCCGGAGGACGACAUGCGCGAAGAUGCUCAGCUCAGCGUAGAAUACCUCCUUUCGAUCUAUCAGCCGCCAAAUGUACUGGAGUUCGUCCCUCUGCUCCGACAGGCCAGGUUUUACCGGGUUCUGAAGGCCGCGUUUAAGCAGGAGCGCCAAUACUCCGACAUGAUAUCCACAUUCUUCCUUGACAGCGAGGACCAGGAAAGUGUAUUCCCUACAAUUAUCGAGUGUCUGCGAGCGGAGUCGACCUUGACCGAGCAACAGCGGAAGGAUGUCCGAGAGACAGUGCGGCAGCAUGCCUUUGACCUCGUCACGAUCGAUGUACGGAGAACUGCUGCUACCGUUGAAGAGGUCGCCCCGGACUUACAUCACCUCUUCAUACAGGUGUUAUCUGAUGAUGCUUAUGCGCAGUACGAGUAUCUUCGGAUGAUUCUAGAGCCGGAAGACAAGCUUCGUGGUCGUCGCUCCUAUGGCCAUGCGCUUGUGGAAUCAUAUGUGCGCCUUUUGUGCCAAUUUGACCCCUUGCAUGUCAGAGACUAUGUGGAAAGCAUCAAGGAGGGCGACAUUCGGCUUGCCAAGGUGCUCCCCACGAUUGAGGACAGCGGCAUCAUCGAUGCUGUUGUGAUCUUGCAACUUCGGCAAGGUCAUGUUAAGGAAGCAAUGGACCGUUUGACCAAACAUUUGUUCUUCCUAGGCUCCACGCUCAAGGGCUUGAAAACCGACUUCGUCGCACAAGGAGACGAUGCCUCGGUCCCCCAUCCUAGCACCGCUGUCCUUGAGGCAUUGGAGAAGUACGCCCGGGUGGGCAUCUGGCUCUGUCAAGGGCAGAUGAAGAACGCUCCUAAGGCGCCCACAGUCUCCAAGUCACCGAGAAGGGCGGCCAGUGCGACACGGGCGCUGUCCUUUGAGGAAAAUCUUUGGCUCGAACUCAUUCUCUGCGUUGUGGGUAUCGCCCGAGAUUGUUCAGUCCAGGGCGUGCUAGACGUCACGGCUGAGCCAGGCGAAAGAGAUGCCGAGAUCAUAACUGCAUUGCGGACUGUGAUCCAGCAGAUCUUUACAGCUCUCCUGACCAGUACUGCAUCAGUGCGUGACACCGCUGCUGGUAGGGAUAUGGUGUUCUUACGCAUUUUACGGGCAUUCCUGUCGCAGGCUGCCGAGACAAGCCCUUCGUUGUCGGAGUUACGGAAUGUCAUCAGUACAAUCUUCUCAGCAUAUGCAUAUGAGGAGUCACUUUUGGCCCUGUCGAAUACUAUGCUGGACAAAGAUGUUUUCGUCCACCUAGACGAAGUGACACGGCUCAGGCUGCGGGGCUGGAGACCUCGAGGCCAGGUAUGCGAAGUUUGUCGCCGGCGGAUCUGGGGUCCUGGAAUUGGGGAAUGGGUGUGGGAGCAAUGGCAGAAAAAGGAAGAAGCUAGACUUGAUCGACGGCGACGCAUUCAACAAGGCGACCAUACCGAAGAAGAAGAUGGCGCUCGUGGAAAGGGCAAAGCCACAGUCGAAGUGAGCUCGGAGGAGGCACUCCAAGCCGAAAGCCCUGAUGGAUCAAAUGCCCCACGAGAAGAUAUCGGGCCCCUCGUCGUUUUCUCGUGCCGGCAUGUGUACCACCAGAAAUGCCUGGGACAGGCACCAACCGAGGAUGGUGCUCCUCAGCUAGUCUGCCCAGCAUGUGUAUAG